AGCAGCAUCAGAGAGACCACCACAAGUCACCUUGGCCAUUACCAGUGGCAGUAACAGUAAUAGUAAUAGGAGUAACAAUGUUGAAUAUGUUCCAGAACCCUUUGACAGUGAAAGGUUGCCAACUAGUUUUGCUUCUGAAAUCCAAAGGUUCCUUCGUGUGGCCAACUUGCUGGGAAAGGAGGAGCCUCGUGUUGCAUAUCUUUGCCGUGUUCAUGCCUUUGUGAUUGCACACAACUUGGACAAAAAUUCUAGUGGAAGGGGUGUUAGACAAUUCAAAACUGCACUACUUCAUCGACUUGAACAGGAUGAGCAUGUUACAAAAAGGAAGGGAACAAGUGACAUUCGUGAACUUAAGAAUGCUUACCGAGAAUACAGGAAUUAUUUUAUGUCACAUGAUAAAGCAUUUUAUCUAGAACAAAGUGAAAGACAAAAAUUGAUAGAAGCACGAAAUAUUGCUUCUGUUCUGUUUGAGGUGCUAAAAACAGUGACAGACACAGCUAGUUCUCAGGCACUUAUUGAAGGAAAUGCAAUCCAUAAAAAAACUGAAUAUAACAUUCUUCCACUUGAGCAAGGAGGAAUUCAGCAUGCAAUUAUGCAGCAUCCUGAGAUUAAGGCUGCCAUUGCAGUUAUUCGCAAUGUUCGCGGUUUACCCCCGGCUCAAGAUUUCAAGAAGCACGGAGCCUUUGUGGAUUUAUUUGAUUUUCUUCAGCAUUGUUUUGGAUUUCAGGAAGCCAAUGUGGCCAACCAAAGGGAACAUCUGAUUCUACUCCUAGCCAACAUGCAGACUCGUCAAACUCUCAACCACAGUCCUGCUUUGAAGUUAGCAGAAGGAGGUGUGGAUGAAUUAAUGAGGAAGUUUUUCAAAAACUAUACAAACUGGUGCAAGUUUUUGGGAAGAAAAAGCAAUAUCCGUUUACCUUUUGUGAAACAAGAAGCCCAACAAUAUAAAAUUUUAUACAUUGGGCUUUACCUGCUUAUAUGGGGGGAGGCAGCUAAUUUGCGGUUCAUGCCUGAAUGUCUCUGUUAUAUCUUUCAUCAUAUGGCAUAUGAAUUGCAUGGAAUUUUAAGUGGUGCUAUCAGCUUAACAACAUGGGAAAAGGUCAUGCCUGCAUACGGAGGAGAACUGGAGUCUUUCCUUAACAAUGUUGUCACUCCAAUAUACAAAGUUAUAAAAAAUGAAGUUGCCAAUAGCAAAGGCGGUGCAGCGGCUCAUUCUGUAUGGAGAAACUAUGAUGAUCUGAAUGAGUAUUUCUGGUCCCCUGAUUGUUUCAAAAUUGGUUGGCCCAUGCGUGAAGACCAUGAAUUUUUCUUUGUAAAAGAUAUACCGGAACCAAAUGACAAUAAUGAUCAUGAUGCGUCACCUGGUAAAAAGAAAGAGAAGAAAAAGAAAGAGAAGAAAAAGAAGGAAAAGAGCGAUGAUGGUGAAGAAGAACAAAAGGUGAUUAAUACAGAGGAGGAAAGUCAUGAACCACGAUGGCUGGGAAAGACAAAUUUUGUAGAGAUUCGUUCAUUCUGGCAAGUUUUUAGAAGCUUUGAUAGAAUGUGGAGCUUUUUUAUUCUAUCCCUUCAGGCCAUAAUAAUCAUUGCUUGUCAUGACUUGGGAUCUCCACUUCAGUUGUUUGAUGCCAUAGUAUUUGAGGACAUAAUUAGCAUCUUCAUAACCUCUGCAAUUCUUAAGCUUAUUCAAGCAAUUUUAGACAUUGCCUUUGCGUGGAAAGCAAGAUAUACCAUGGAAUAUUCUCAAAAGGUGAAACUUGUGAUGAAGCUGGUCUUUGCCAUUAUAUGGACUAUUGUUCUUCCUGUAUGCUAUACUAAUUCGAGAAGAAAAUAUACUUGUUAUUCCACAAAAUAUGGAAGCUUGAUUGAGGAAUGGUGCUUUACUUCCUAUAUGGUUGCAGCAGCAAUAUACUUGACAACUAAUGCAGUUGAAGUUGUGUUAUUUUUUGUCCCUGCUGUUGCCAAGUAUAUUGAGGUCUCUAAUUACCAGAUAUGCAGAGUUUUGUCUUGGUGGACUCAGCCCAGAAUCUAUGUUGGUCGGGGGAUGCAAGAAGACCAGGUUUCAGUUUUAAACUACAGCUUUGAGAUAAAACCACUCAUAGCACCAACCAGACAAAUUAUGAAAAUUGGUGUAAAGUAUGAUUGGCAUGAGCUUUUUCCAAGAGUCAAAAGUAAUGCUGGUGCAAUUGUCGCUGUGUGGAGCCCUGUAGUAAUUGUUUACUUUAUGGACACACAAAUUUGGUAUUCUGUGUUCUGUACAAUAGUUGGUGGACUUUAUGGCAUUUUGCAUCACCUUGGUGAGAUAAGGACACUUGGAAUGCUGAGAAGUAGAUUUGACUCCUUACCCGCAGCAUUUAAUGUUAGUCUGAUCCCACCAUCUUCCAAACGUGGUAAAAAGAAAAGAAAAGGUCUCCUCAGCAAUAUAUUUCAAAAGUUGCCAGAUGAAAAAAAUGCCACUGCCAAAUUUGUUGUAGUAUGGAAUCAAAUUGUAAAUCAUCUUCGGCUUGAAGACUUGAUCAGUAACAGAGAGAUGGAUUUGAUGAUGAUGCCUGUAUCUUCAGAAUUGUUUUCAGACAAGGUUCAUUGGCCUGUUUUUCUCUUGGCAAGUAAGUUUUAUACAGCUUUGACCAUUGCUAAAGAUUUUGAGGGAAAGGAUGAGGUUCUUGCUAAGAAAAUUACAAAGGACAUAUACAUGUUUUAUGCUGUAAGAGAGUGUUACCAGUCACUGAAGUACGUGCUUGAAAUUCUUGUUGUGGGCAGCAUGGAGAAUAGGAUGAUAUGUGAUAUACUAAGCGAAAUUGAAAAGAAUAUCCAAGAAACAAGUCUUCUAAAGAACUUCAACUUGAAAGUUCUCCCAGCUCUGCAUGCAAAGGUCAUCGAGCUAGCUGAACUUCUGGUAAUUGUCUCCCAGAUCUAUACUAAAUGCCAAAUGGAGGGAGAUAAAGAUCAUCAUCACAAAGUUGUGAAAGCCUUGCUAGAUAUGUUGGAACUGGUAACAAAUGAUAUGAUGGUUGAUUCCAGAAUAAUGGAUAUGUUACACUUUCCCGACCAAAAUGAGCAUGGCUUUGUCUAUUUUAGAAAUGAUGAUCAACUAUUUGACAGAGUGGAAUUGAAUAGAGAUUUCUAUCCAUUUGCCAAUGAGAAUUCUAUCCAUUUUCCAUUGCCAGAAAAUGGCCCUCUGAUGGAAAAGAUCAAGCGAUUUCAUUUGUUGCUUACAGUCAAAGAUACAGCAAUGGGCAUCCCUGCUAACUUAGAUGCUCGUAGGCGCAUAUCAUUCUUUGCUACUUCUCUGUUUACAGAUAUGCCUGAUGCUCCAAAAGUGCACAAAAUGUUGCCAUUCAGUGUUAUAACUCCACAUUACAUGGAGGACAUUAAUUUUUCGCUGAAGGAGCUUGGUUCAGAAAAAGAGGAGGACUCCAUCAUCUUCUACAUGCAAAAGAUAUAUCCAGAUGAAUGGACAAACUUUUUGGAACGCUUGGCAUGUGAUAACCGUAAGAGUUUAGAAGAUGAACACAAAACAGAAGAUCUUAGACUGUGGGCAUCAUUCCGGGGCCAGACACUAAGCAGAACAGUUAGAGGGAUGAUGUACUACAGAGAAGCCUUAAAAUUACAAGCAUUUCUUGACAUGGCUGAAGAAGAAGAUAUUCUUGAGGGUUAUGAGAAUGCUGAAAGACGUAACCUCGCAUUGUUUGCUCGUCUAGAAGCACUAGCAGACAUGAAAUACACCUUUGUCAUUUCUUGUCAAUCAUUUGCAUCACAAAAGGCUAUGAAUGAUCCCCGUUAUCAAGAUAUAAUUGACUUAAUGAUAAGGUAUCCAUCUCUUCGUGUUGCUUAUAUUGAGGAAAAGGAGGAGAUAGUGCAGGGUAAACGCAUAGUAUAUUAUUCAUCUAAACUGGUUAAAGUCGUCAAUGGUUAUGAACAGACAAUAUAUCAAAUAAAACUACCUGGUUCACCAUAUCUUGGAGAAGGGAAGCCUGAAAACCAAAACAAUGCAAUAAUAUUCACUCGCGGUGAAGCCCUCCAAACGAUUGAUAUGAACCAAGAUAAUUACUUGGAAGAAGCUCUGAAAAUGAGAAACCUUCUUCAAGAAUUUCUUCGGCACCAAGGAAGACGUCCUCCUACAAUACUUGGAUUAAGGGAACACAUUUUCACAGGAAGUGUGUCUUCUCUGGCAUGGUUCAUGUCAUAUCAAGAGACCAGCUUUGUCACUAUUGGUCAAAGGCUUCUGGCUAAUCCUCUCAGGGUGCGGUUCCACUAUGGCCAUCCAGAUGUAUUUGACAGUGUUUUUCACAUCACAAGAGGAGGAGUAAGCAAAGCAUCUAAAACAAUUAACUUGAGUGAAGAUGUUUUUGCUGGAUUUAAUUCAACUUUAAGACGAGGAUGUAUUUCAUACCACGAAUAUUUGCAAGUUGGGAAAGGUCGUGAUGUAGGUCUAAACCAGAUCUCUAAAUUUGAAGCCAAGGUAGCAAAUGGAAACAGUGAACAAACUAUAAGCCGUGACAUAUUCCGCCUUGGACGGCAAUUCGAUUUUUUCCGGAUGCUAUCUUGUUAUUUCACUACAAUUGGAUUUUACUUCAGCAGCUUGAUUUCAGUGAUAGGAAUAUAUGUAUUUCUCUACGGGCAGCUAUACCUGGUGCUUAGUGGCUUGGAAAGAGCACUUAUCAUUGAGGCUAGAAUCAAGAAUGUACAGUCCUUAGAAACAGCUCUUGCCUCUCAAUCAUUUAUACAACUUGGACUUCUUACAGGCUUGCCAAUGGUAAUGGAAAUAGGCCUUGAGAAAGGUUUCCUCACAGCACUAAAAGACUUUGUCCUUAUGCAAUUGCAGCUAGCUGCUGUUUUCUUUACUUUCUCCCUUGGAACAAAAACACAUUACUAUGGCAGAACAAUUUUGCAUGGAGGUGCAAAGUACAGACCAACAGGCCGAAAAGUUGUCUUUCAUGCUAGCUUCACUGAAAAUUAUAGAUUGUAUUCAAGAAGCCACUUUGUUAAGGCAUUUGAGCUAAUGCUGCUGUUGAUUGUUUAUAACAUGUUCAGGAAGUCCUAUCAAAGUAACAUGACAUAUGUGUUGAUAACAUAUGCCAUUUGGUUCAUGUCAUUAACUUGGUUGUGUGCACCUUUUCUUUUUAACCCUGCUGGAUUUAGUUGGACCAAAACAGUAGAUGAUUGGAAAGAGUGGAAUAAAUGGAUCAGGCAACAAGGGGGUUUAGGAAUUCAACAAGACAAAAGUUGGCAUUCUUGGUGGCAUGAUGAGCAAGCUCAUCUUCGCCUGUGCGGUGUUGCUUCUAGGUUGGCUGAAAUCUUGCUUUCUCUUCGGUUUUUCAUCUAUCAAUAUGGUUUGGUUUAUCACCUUGACAUCUCUCAGCAUAGCAAAAACUUCUUGGUUUAUGUCCUUUCAUGGAUUGUGAUUGUUGCAAUUUUCCUCUUGGUGAAGGCUGUUAACAUGGGAAGGCAACUACUUAGUGCUAAUUAUCAACUUGGAUUCAGAUUUUUCAAAGCAUUCCUGUUCCUGGCUGUUAUUUCCAUCAUCAUUACUCUUUCUGUUAUAUGUGAAUUGUCAUUGAUGGACCUUUUUGUUUGCUGUCUUGCAUUCAUGCCAACUGCAUGGGGAUUGAUACUGAUUUCACAAGCAGCAAGACCAAUGAUAGAGCAUACAGGAUUGUGGGACUUCACACGUGCACUUGCUAGAGAAUUUGAUUAUGGAAUGGGUAUAGUUCUUUUCGGACCUAUAGCUAUAUUGGCAUGGUUACCAAUCAUUAAAGCCUUCCAUGCUCGUAUUCUUUUCAAUGAGGCAUUCAAAAGGCACUUGCAAAUCCAACCAAUUCUUGCAGGGAAAAAGAAGAAGCACAGAACUUGAUCAUUAUUCUUAUACUUGUUUUUGUAUAGU